CUCAAUUAUUGACCCUCACCCUAUUGGCUAGGUCUCUUAGUUCCGCAUUAAGCUCUUCAAAUUGUGCCACUCAAAAUGAUACCUGCUCCUCAAAGCCUGCUGCAUACGUCUUAUUGGCUACGUAAAACAAAGGUAACACACACACACGCCCUAUUGGCCAAGUCUCUUCAGCCACCCACCCAGAGCCGACCACUUAAAACCGCGCCCUCUUCUCAACACGUGCAGCAACCCACUAGUAAAAUAGGCUCUUGUUGCAAGCUUUGUACCGAAAGGCUACUCAGCGCAAGGGAGCCGCCAACUUGCCCACCACGCCCAACUUCCAACUUCCAACUUCCCACCGGCGGACGUGCGCCUUCCCCUGUCACAAACCGAGUUCCCACGUGCACCACGUGCAUCAUUUCACGUGCAUUUCACGUGCAUUUCACGUGCAUUUCACGUGCAUUUCACGUGCAUUUCACGUGUCUCCUAACAAGAAACCGUCAAAAGAAGAACUCCUUUGCACUUGAUCUCAGAGAGCGAAUGAGAGUUCACAUGUGCGGAUUGGCAAAUGAGAAGAGAAGAUUGGCACCUCUGGGGGGCAUUCGGAUGGGGUUAAUCCGGACCAACAGGAGGUGCAGUUUGGCUUACUAAUCGGGUAAUAAUUUGGCCGCCAACCGGAGGGGCGCCGGGGAUGACUAAUCGGGUAAUUUUACAGGGGUGUGUGUGCAGGGAUGAGCGGUCGAUUUUUGGGUAGAGAAUCUCGGAGCUUAAAAGACCUUUCGUACCGAAAGGCAUAGACCUUUCGUUCCUCAAGGCAAUAACGG